AUGGGAUCUGUCUCCAGCAAAACAAGCGGCGCCCAGGAGCAACCGUCUUGUUAUCCCGUCACAGAGACAAUCCUGGGUAUCAAUGAAGAGGCUCUGGUCCAAACAGGCAAAGAACGAAUCGAACGAUUUGUUCGUGAUGGAUGCUUUGUCAACGAAAAGACUGGCACUUUGACUUCCUUUGGAUCGUUUGAUACGCCCACAGUUGAGUCGAUGGCGGCGCAAGUGGCGCAAUUGCCGGUUGAAGGCAACUCGAAGAAAAAGGCGCCCGUAUUGACGACCCGAUCGGGUGUGGAUAUUGGAAGCUUGCAGGGCACGCUAUCGACCGAAGACCGUGCCAUGAUUCAAGUGGCGAGCAAUUUUAAUUGUUUGGAAAACCCCGGCCGUGGAACCAAGUUGGACUCGGGGCGCUUUGUCGACGGUGCCUUUUUGGACUGUACCCAGGGACCUGCUGCCGUGUUUGGGACCACAUCGGCUUAUCUCUAUCGAUGUCAUUUCGCUCGCGGCGGUCAAAGCCUGGUCAAUGGACAGGAAGAACUGGUGAAUCUGUUGCAACACACGGGCGAGUACUUUGGGGUGCCGCAAAACGGCAAACUGACGCUGACCGGUGUGGAAACAUUGCUGCGAUCGGAAGAAGAUGUGACUGCGGCCGCAACCAAAGUUUGCAUUGGUCUUCACAAAGAUUGCCCCGUCUUGUUUGGUAGAACCAGCAAGACUAUCGUAUACAAGGAACCCCUUGUGGUUGUCCAGAACAGCAAGGACCAAUUGCUGGAAUAUCCCGUGGUGGAUCAUGUCUUGAGUGCUUCCUUGAAUGCAUGGAAUUUUGGAGUGGACCGUCAUCUUUCCAAUGCCACUCUGAAUAAUAUCAUGCGUUCCCUGCUACGGGCUGCCUAUGAAGGCAUUUACAUGGCUGCCAUUUUGCGUCAACGCAAACGGCUCUACUUGACUCUGGUGGGCGGUGGUUCCUUUGGCAAUCCCAUUCCACUGAUAGUGUCGGAGAUUCUUCGGGCCCACGAGAAAUGGGCCAACCACCCGGCAUGUCAAUUGGAAGAAUGUGUGAUUUGUCUGUAUAGCGAGCGUGACGAGGAGAGUGUCAUGGAUGCCAUGGCAAAAGCCAACAGCAACAAUUAG